AUGACUUCGACAACUUCAACUAAUCGUGCAAGUGAUAUGUGGAACAAUAGUGCUCAAAUAAAUAAUCAAAGUGCGAGGCAGCCUCAUUAUGGUUAUCCAUAUCCAAUGGUUCCAAAUGCUUACCAUUAUCAUAAUAAUUUUUACUCACAAAAUUGUGAUUACUCCAAUGAAAAUUAUAAUAAAUCGCAUGGUGUUAGUAAUUCGUGUCAUAAAGUAGUGAAAACAGAACCAAAUUGGCAAAAUUAUCCUAUCAACUACAUUAACAACAGUGAUCAAGCAAACUCGGAUAUGGUAAACAAAUGGCGAGAAAUGAAUAUGUAUGCACAACAACAUGAAAACUACGGAUAUCAACCAGGUAUGCAGUCCAUAGUAAAUAAGCCUGCUAUAGAUAUCAAAGGUGAAGAUGUUCGUUCAAUCGAUUCUCCUGGUCACUGUAGUUUACCUGAAACCAGUUAUGGAUCACCACAGAGUAGUUCAAGUGCUAUUAAAAGUGCUUCUCUGGAAGAUGGAGAUUCGCCAAAUUUAAGAGCACUUUUAAAUAAACCUAAUAUGAAAAGAACGCACACGCAAUAUGAAAAGUAUAUACAAGAUAAGUUCUACACACAUGAAAUGUCGCAACGAGUAGACAACAGUGGAAGUGAUAUUGAAAAUUGGGGUAAAAAUAAUGAAUCUGCACCAUCGAACGAAGGAAAUAUGCAACAAUUUCACGGUGAAUAUAAUAUUAAUUUGGAAUCACAUACAAAAAUCAAAACCAAACGCUUUGUGGGUGGAGCUCCAGUUCAAAGUGAGAGCGUUAAGUCGGUUGAGGAUGGUUCAGAAAACUGUCAAGAUUUGACGAGGGUCGAAGCAGGCGGGGACAAUGAAGAUUACGCUGACAACAAAAUGGCUGUUGCAUCAGAAGUGCAAGGGUUUUACCCAUGGAUGAAAAGUGUUGGUGGAGAGGAUAAGAAGGAGGGAUCAAAACGAACAAGGCAAACAUAUACAAGAUUUCAAACGCUAGAGCUGGAAAAAGAAUUUCAUUUCAACAAGUAUCUGUCGAGAAGACGAAGAAUUGAAGUAUCUCAUGCCUUAGGACUUACUGAAAGACAAAUUAAAAUCUGGUUCCAGAAUAGAAGAAUGAAAGCAAAAAAAGAUGGGAAACUAUCAACUUCUCCAGAUCCAUAUAGCGUAGAAGAUAUGGGCGUUACCAAAAUAGCAAAUAUGCCAGAUUUUGUGGAUUCAAGAUCGUCGCUUUCUGGGUUUCCAGACUAUACUGAACCUAAUUAUCACCACCCGGCAUAUGAAGGCGCUAUGGCAAACAUAGUUAAUCUGUCAGGGAACCUGCAUCCCAAUGUAAUGCCACCUUAUGGCGGAAUCAUACCCAAGAUG